AUGGCAAGCAGGAAAUGUCAAAACGUCGCAGCAGGAGUGCCAGACCACCGGGCGAGAGCUUGUCCUGCUUCGCCCCACGGCAGGGCGGCUGAAGGCGAGGAAAAUAGCUCGCCCACGGAAGACUGCCUGGAGAAGGAGGCCGAUGCCGUGCCGGCCAGACAAGGCAGCCCUUCCCCGGUGGACCACGAGCGCAACGACAACAGCGGCGACGGAGACUCUAGCUCCGACUACGUGAACAACACCUCUGAAGAGGAGGACUACGACGAGGGUCUUCCGGAGGAGGAGGAAGGGAUCACGUACUACAUUCGCUACUGCCCAGAGGAUGACAGCUAUCUGGAAGGGAUGGACUGCAACGGGGAAGAGUAUGUCCCCCGUGAGGAGCAGCAGGUGGAGACGGACGAGUGCCAAGAAGCUGUCGAAGAAGGCGAGUGGGGAGAGACGAAACUGCAGUGCCAGGAUGAGCUGCAGGCGAUAGAAGCUGCGGGCUACCCCGAAGGUUGUGUCCAGGUUUUGGAAGGAGAGGUGGCGUGCCUGGAGAUCCAAGACCAAGAGGAAAACGUCCAGUACUGCCAUCCAAGUGAAGAAGGCUACGAGGGGUACUAUUCGCCCGAAGCCAAUGGGAACUCGCACUGGAUGUCUCUGUACCGUCCCGGGAAAGAAGAGGCGGAGCUGGAGGAGCAAGAGGAAGACAUCGACCAGAUUGUGGCAGAGAUUAAGAUGAGCAUGAGCAGCCUCCACAGUGCGUCAGAGAUGAGUCCCGAGCACAGUGGGGCCGAGAAUGUGCCCAAUGACUAUGUGGAGACUUGUCCGAGGGGGGACUCUGGCCACGGCGUCAGCAGGCACCCGGGGCGGCCCAAGUCACUGAACAUUCCCCCUGUGCCCAAGCAAGUCGGGGAGGCCCCCCGAGGCUUCAAGAACAAGCUGAGGACCCCAGAGGAAAGGCAGGCCUGGCCCCAAGAACAGGUGUGCAAUGGCUUAGAACAGCCUAGGAAGCAGCAACGUUCCGAUCUCAAUGGACCGAUUGACAACAAUAACAUGCCAGAGACCAAGAAGGUUUCCUCUUUCCCAAGUUUUGUUGACGUUCCAGGACCAUGCGAACCUGAGGACCUUAUUGACGGCAUCAUCUUUGCGGCCAAUUAUCUGGGCUCCACGCAGCUGCUCUCUGAGCGCAACCCUUCCAAAAACAUCCGGAUGAUGCAAGCCCAGGAGGCCGUGAGCCGUGUCAAGAGGAUGCAAAAGGCAGCUAAAAUCAAGAAAAAAGCGAGCUCUGAGGGAGAUUCCCAGGCCUUGACUGAAGUCGAUCUGUUCAUCUCCACACAGAGGAUCAAAGUUUUGAAUGCAGAUACACAAGAAACCAUGAUGGACCACGCGCUGCGCACCAUCUCCUACAUUGCCGACAUCGGCAAUAUUGUUGUUUUGAUGGCGAGGCGCCGAAUGCCCCGUUCGGCUUCCCAGGACUGCAUUGAGACAACUCCGGGGGCACAAGAAGGGAAGAAGCAGUACAAGAUGAUCUGCCACGUCUUCGAAUCGGAGGAUGCUCAGCUGAUCGCCCAGUCUAUUGGCCAAGCCUUCAGCGUGGCCUACCAAGAGUUCCUCAGAGCCAAUGGCAUAAACCCCGAGGAUCUUAGCCAGAAGGAAUACAGCGAUAUCAUCAACACCCAGGAGAUGUAUAACGACGAUCUCAUCCAUUUCUCCAACUCUGAGAAUUGCAAAGAGCUCCAGAUAGCAAAACACAAGGGGGAGAUCCUUGGAGUGGUGAUUGUGGAGUCUGGCUGGGGAUCCAUAUUACCCACAGUCAUCUUGGCCAACAUGAUGAACGGGGGCCCUGCAGCUCGCUCGGGGAAGCUCAGCAUCGGGGACCAGAUUAUGUCUAUUAAUGGCACCAGUCUGGUUGGUCUUCCACUGGCCACAUGUCAAGGGAUCAUUAAGGGUCUUAAGAAUCAAACACAAGUGAAGUUGAAUAUUGUCAGCUGCCCUCCUGUCACCACGGUUCUUAUAAAGCGGCCGGACUUGAAAUACCAGUUGGGUUUCAGCGUACAGAAUGGAAUCAUCUGCAGUCUGAUGAGAGGUGGGAUAGCAGAAAGAGGAGGGGUCCGGGUGGGCCAUCGCAUCAUUGAGAUCAAUGGGCAAAGUGUUGUUGCCACGGCCCAUGAGAAGAUAGUGCAAGCCCUGUCGAACUCAGUGGGAGAGAUCCAUAUGAAGACCAUGCCUGCAGCAAUGUUCAGGCUGCUCACCGGACAGGAGACGCCGCUGUACAUCUAGCACGAGGCCGCAUCUCUCAUCCGAAGGACUGUGCAGUCUCAGCCAUGCAAGAAGAAACCUUUGCGAGGAAUUUUGUAUAUUGCAGGAACGGAAAGGGUUGAAACCGAGUCCCGGAAAUUCUGGAAACUCAACCGAGUCAGCUUCUUCGCCUUUUUUUCUUAGGUUCUCUUUUUUAAAAAAUUGUGUUGCCAAAAGAUGAAGCUGUUGCUAUGGACAAGAACCACUGACACCAUCUUUCUAAUUCACAGAAGUAUUUUGCAAGGUCAUCAACAAAACCCCCUUUUCGUGUGAGUUAUGCAAGCGUAGGGUGAAGUCCACCACCGGUGUUCCCUACACCCCCCCCCACCGCUUUCUCGCUUGGCUCCCGCCUGUGGCGUGGGGCCUGUGUAGUCUUCAUUCCUGGCGGGUUGUGCUUGUAAUGUGUAUUUAAACAUGACCUUGGCAUGCCUGCCUUGUGUUUACGACCAUCUGCCACUUUUAGCCCAGAAUGGCAAAGACAAAUGUGUGAACCAGCCUGCGAAAACACACACACUUUAAAAUCAGGGUGGCCGAAAAACCUGCACACUUGACUGAAAAAUGCGAAGUGCGGAACAGAGGGCGAGGGCCAAGACGUAUGCAAAUCUGAGUGCAGGAGGGGCUAGGAAGGAUGCUAAUCGAAAGAAAAACUACUGUCUUCAUUGGUAUUCUUAUUGACAAGUGUAAUUACUGUGAGUUUUGAUGAGAUGUGACUUAAAUGUGAAACAGGAACAAGGGGUGUUGCGGGGUGGGGUGAAGGGGAAAGCGUUUUUUUAAUGCAAAAUAAAAGAAUUGCCAUGAUACGAACACUGAAUAUUUAUUUAGAUGAAGUCAGUUUAUGUUUGGAGCUUAAUGGUUUUUAACGGCAAACAUGGUUGCUACUAAUUUGGCAAUGGGGGCCCUUCCACGUUUACUAGCCCGCAACCUUCCAUACUGCCCUUUGGUUGAACCCGACUGCAGGGCGGGAAAGCCAUGCUUAAAUAAUAAUUUUUAUACAAACUGUUUAAUCUCGGUUAUUUUUCCUGUUGUGUUUCUGAGCCAACACGUGUUCUGAAUGUAACCGGUGGCUGCAGAUGGGAAGCCGUUGGCCACCAACAGUAUUAGAAUGUGUGGAGAUGAUAAACGCAGUAAUAGUAAUGUUGUGUUCAUUAUGAGAUUAAUGUCAACUGCUGUAACUUUUCGUCUUGGUUUUUUCCUUCUUCCCCCAACCUCUCUCUCUCAAUCUCUCUCUCUCUCUCUCUACUUUUGGCCCAAGGCCUUGAAGAAAAAUACACUGUGACUUAAGACGCCUUACCAUGCAGUAACAAAAAGCUUUAGGAUUACUGUACUUCAAGGAAUAACAUCGUACAUCUCUGUUGCAUGCAGGUGACCCUAGGAGAGAAUUAAUCUAGACUCACUAAUAAAUUUGGAGUAUUAAAGCA